AUGCAUCUGGACUUCAGUUCCCAUGAUCCACUUCUUUGAAGAGGCCGAACCUUUUGCUCAUGUGAUCAUUUCGCUAGCCAAUCUCAAGCAUCGUUACAGGCGCAAUGCGGAGACAAGGAUGUAAGAAGGAAUGGCGACGGCCGAAAGAAAAAGGAGGUUUGGUGAAUGAAAAAUGAUUUCGACCAUACAGAGGCGGCUCAUAUGAUUUAGAAUCACAGGUAUGAUGACAUAAACCAAUAGUAGCCUCUAUGAGCCAAGCUAUGUGGAUUGCAAUGUGAAUCAAAUAUGAAAAUAUCACUGUUGCAAUGAGAAUGUUUCUCAAGCUAGAGCUACAGUUAACAAACUGUCCGUUUACUGGAAUAACAGGUGUCUUAUAAGCCUUACGAUGUCUUUAACAGGGGAAAACUCAAAGCUAACUUUUAAAUACAAAUGUAUGUAAGCUAUUAGCUUCAGAAAUAGCUUAGAUUAACCAAUAACAUUACUGUCUGCUGUUGGCAAGAAAAAGCACUUUCUGCUGUUGGCAUUGUUCUACUUAUUGCGGAAUCGUAUUAACCCAGCUGCAUCCUUUGGGCGGCGAGGGUCAGACAAAGAAAUGGACUCUGUGUUAUCCGUGACCUCCCCACCCAGCACAGCGUCUCCAACCGUACCGACUCCUCCGAACUUGGCAGCCAGGCAGCGAGAAAGCCGGAAGAAUACACCCACCACCCCUGCCUUCCUCUCAAAUUUAGGCAAGGCCACUCUACGGGGCAUCCGCAAAUGCCCCCAGUGUGGCAUUUACAAUGGCACCCGCGGUCUUAGUUGUAAGAACAAGGCCUGCGGAAUCGUCUUCAAGGACGGGGGGUGUGUUGCGCGGGGUCGGGCCUCCAAGAGGGCCGUGAUAGAGGUGGUUAGGGUGGUGAUUGAUGGUGGUGGUGGUGGUGGUGGAGGGGAGGAGGAAGGAGAAGAGGAGGGAGGAGAAGCGAUCGACUCAGGUGUACGAGUGCAGGUGUUCUCCGUUUGCCAAAGAGGCAGAGGCAGCGGUACCACCCAGCGAGGCUUUGUGGAGCUGGUUCCCACGGAUACCGCCAUCGCCACGGGAGACGGGGCGACCCUGCUGACGCGGGUCAAUCUAGGCCGCUGUUUCCUCCCUACCUGUCGUCAAGGUCAAAGGACCAAUCAGAGCCAAUCGCAGCACAUUCUCCCCAACAUUUCUAAACAGGGCUCGUCUCCAGACAGCCCUUGUGCCCACAUCAAGCAGGCCAUCGAGUGCCAGAACCGGGCCACCCCACUGCCCCUGAAGAGCUCCGUCCUAGAGGGGCUGCCUGUCUCGGCUGACACCCAGGAAGAGCUGUGGAAGCUGGCCACAGAGUCUCCGGGCCCCCUGGUCCAGCGGGUGUCCAGGGACACCAUGGUGGUGAAGUGCCACUCAGGCCCCAGCCACCCUCUGGGGCUGCUGCACCUGACUGUGGGGCCUGUGGGGGUCACGGGCCCCCCGAAGGCCCAGAGGAAGGAGCGGCCAGGCCAGCAGCAGGUGAUGUUCCACUGUGCCUGUCAGGGGGCCCCCAGAGGGGGGUCGAGGAGUGAGGAGGGCACCAAGGAGGGGCAUCCCUCCCGUUGCGGUUCGGGUGCCACCUCGCCAGACCACUGCUUCCAUUUCUACGCCUGUGUGUGUGCCUUUACCAGCGACGACAAACUGGCCUCCGAGUUUGCAGCUUUCCUCGAUUACAGCUCCAACGGUGUGAAGUCAGGUUCUGGUGGGGUUGUCCUGUGCUCCUCUGACAAGCCACUUCUGCAGCUGGAGCCAAUCACAGCUCAUAAAACAAAGAGACCUCGUCUGGAGGAGCCAAUAACAGCCCCCUCCGUGGUCUGUACUGUGGGGCAGGGCAGAGAGGGGGUCCCGCCGCCCACAGUGAAAAGACCAGGCCAGAGGAGGCCUCCAACCAGUGUUCAGAAGCCUCCAGGGAGCAGCCAGCCAGUAGACGAACGGCAGGUGACCCAGGGCUUCCAGCAGUGGCUCGCCAGUGUGACCGAGAAGAUCCACCAGACCAUGCACUAUCAGUUUGAUGGAAAGCCAGAGCCCCUGGUGUUUCUCAUCCCCCAGGCGUUCUUCAACUCCCUGCAGCAUCGCCUCUCUCUGGGCUCCAAGAAGAGACGGCUGCCCAACGCAACCUCAGCAAUCGUGAGGAACGACUCUCUGCCCGUGGGCUCAUUUUCCAAGUACACCUGGCACAUCACCAAUCUCAUGCAGGUCAAACGCAUCUUCGACACUCCGGAGCUGCCUCUGGAGCUCACCCAGAGUUUUGUGAGGAACAUCGAUGGGUCUUAUUCUCCUUUCCGCUGCCUUGAGCCGCCCCCGGACUCCCCCAAGGGCCCCAGCAGGAUGGAGAAGCCCCACCCCCAACCCAUACGACCGCUGGAGCUACGUACCUUUCUCAGAGUGGGCGUCUCCUCCUCAGCGGAGCAGAAGGAAGGCCCUCCCUUUGUGAUCGAGUGGAUCCCAGACAUCCUGCCUCGCUCGCGGGUGGGAGAGCUGAGGAUCAGCUUCCAGUACGGACACCAGAACGGCGGCCAGCCGGACGUCUGCGACGGGGCGGCCAGAGGGGGCGGGGCCAACAAGACCACAUCUGCCACCUUCCAACCGAAUCGCUCCCCUGCUUUCAUUCAAGUGAUUGUCUGAAGAAAAUCUUGUUGGCUUGGGAAAGCUAAUUCGGUGAUAAAUAACUACAUGUUAAAGUAUUUUAUGUAGUAAAAGAGUACUUUAUACACAUACAUAAAGUAUGUGCACCAUGGAUUGUUAUGAAGCACCAAAUGACCUUUGAGAAAUGUUUGCUUGUGUGCAACAGAGAACAGUUCAGUAAUAUCACAUUCAUAACAGCCUUUAGAAUCAUACAUUUGUUAUAGAGAUAUCAGUCCAAACUGUAUAAUGUUCAAUAUAUAAAGGAAUUUAA